AUGCGGCGAAAGAUCUCGGCAUUGUGCCUGAGCUUGCGCCGGACAAGUUCGGCUGCGGUGGGCGGCGAUGCCCUCAGGGCAGCUUUCGAAAAGCAGGUCGUCUCUGGGCGACUCACCGCUGACCCGGUGCAGCGAAGCGUCGUGGACUUUCUGGGUGAUGCCCUCACCUCUGCGGCGGGGAAGCGUCCCAAUCAGGAGACGGAGGCGCAGGAGCCUCCAACGGAAGGAGGUCCCUUCCCAAACCAUCCGCGCUGGGUUCUCCCGCGCUCGGUGGCAGGCCCCAGCGGUGCGGCCGCCACUGCCGAAGAUCAUCGUCAGGUUGCAGAGUGGUCACGGCGCGUAGCAGCUGAGAAUGCCCGGCGAAUGCGGGGCCAACGAGGCGCCGAGACCGCCGGCUCUUUCAAGCCGUCAGAGGCGCGACCAACCCAGGUUCCCUCAUCCACCAUGCCUGGUCACACUCCGACAAAGGUUGAGCAUCCAGCGCCAACGCCGCAAGUGCGGAAGCCACAGAAGACCUCGGUCUACAUGCAUGGUCCAGUGGGCACAGGCAAAACUAUGCUUAUGGACCUCUUCUACGAGCAUGCGCGGAAGGCUGGUCUACGCACAAUGAGAAGGCACUUUUACGAGUUCAUGAUGGGCUUGCACCGACAGAUCCAUCAAAUCCAAGAGGAUCGGCCAGUUGAGGUGGCAGCGAACUCGUUGGCCGACGACAUUGACGUCCUGUGCUUCGACGAGUUCCAAAUCACGGAUAUCCAGGAUGCAGCCAUCCUUCCGCGUCUCUUCGAGGUCUUGUUCCUGCGGGGCGUUACCGUGGUCAUGACAUCGAACACCUCACCGCAGCUGCUCUACAGCGGUGGUUUGAAUCGGCAUGUGCAUCUUCCGUCAUUCAUCAGUGUCCUCGGAGACUACUGCCUCGUCCUGGGCCUGGGCGCGGGCGGCAAAGCUGUCGACUAUCGCCGACAGGCUGAAGCAGCCGAGCAAGCUGAGGGAGCAUCGGGGACCUUUGGGUACCUCUUCGGCGACGAUGCCGAGAACCGGCUCUUCGCGCAGUGGGAGCAGUUGGCAGAUGACCCCAAAUCCACGACCAGUGAGGCCAAAAACGAGACGAGGGACUUUCUUCUCACGCUUCCCAUGGGGCGCACCUUGAAAGUCCGAGCAGCUUCAGGCAAGGCCUGUCUCGUUCACUUCGAGGACCUGUGUGCAGCCGAUCGCGGUGAGGCUGACUUCGCAGCGCUUGCGGAGCGCUUCCGCACGGUGCUGCUGGCUGGGGUGCCCAGGAAGCCUCCAAUCUCCGAAAGGGACCUCUAUUCCUGGAGAAGCUGGUACAAGUUUAUCGCCAUGGUCCGGUCAUUGCCAGUCCUGGCGCCAGGUUGUGUGCAUCAGUAUGCGGCAAAAGUGCGUCAGAUUCUUCAGCACACUGUCGGUGUAGAUCGAAUUGUAGAUUUGGGAUGGCCGGCCUUCAACGAUGAGGUCCUGCAGCUGAAGGCUGUUUUAGAAGAGACCCGCCUCCGCCUGCACCAUGAGGAGCGGGUCAAUCAAGAAUUGAAGGCGCAGAUCAAGGAGGAGCAGAGGCGAGGACACAUGCGGCAGCGCGAGCUGCGAGAGCAGCUCGAGCUGCAGCAUGAGGAGAUUCAGAGGCUCCUGUCGGAACUCGAAACGGCCAAGGCGGCGGCGUCGGGCGAGAACAAGGCGGAGCUGCAUGAACUUGGGCAGAAGAGCGAUGCGGAGUCGCACAGUCGUGAAGCAAAGGCGCGGGCAUCCGAGACGGAGCUCUUGGCAGCUCUGCUGGAGCAUGCCACGAAGCAGGCGACUGCCUGCGCCGCAAAGGUGGCGGAAGAAUCGACGGUCGUGCAGCAACUCCGCGAGGAGCUGGAAGCGGCUCGAGGCAAAGCCUCCGAGGAGCAGGAAGCUGCGCAGGCGUUGCGGCAGGAGUUGCAGCAAGAGAAGGCUGCAAGGGUUGAAAUGGAGGGGUUCCUAAUCCACCGCAGGGCCUGCGAAGCCGAUGUUGCGAAUUUUCUGCGGCUGCUGGGGCAAAGAUACCCCGAACUUGCAGGCCUCUCCGUCGCAAACUCUCUGGUGGAAUAUUUGAGAGCUUGCUUGUUCGCAGCAUUGGUAGGAUCUUUGAGGAAACUUCAGCAGCAUCCGUUGAUGCUCCACUUUGAUUUCUUGCGCGGGCUCUGCCAGGGAGCAGACUUGGUGGAGGAUGCGGAUUGUGUGCAGCGGUAUGCAAUGCGCAGCAACGUGUCCAUGCAGCUUCAGGCUGCGCUGGAUGAGAGACCCGUCCAGAGGCGAGGAGAGAUGCGGCAGCGCGAGCUGCGAGAGCAGCUCGAGCUGCAGCAUGAGGAGAUUCAGAGGCUCCUGUCGGAACUCGAGAUGGUCAAGGCGGCGUCGUCGGGCGAGAACAAGGCGGAGCUCCAUGAACUUGGGCAGAAGAGCGAUGCGGAGUCGCAUGAGACGCACAGUCGUGAAGCAAAGGCGCGGGCAUCCGAGACGGAGCUCAUGGCGGCUCUGCUGGAGCAUGCCACGAAGCAGGCGACUGCCUGCGCCGCAAAGGUGACGGAAGAAUCGACGGUCCUGCAGCAACUCCGCGAGGAGCUGGAGGCGGCUCGAGACAAAGCCUCCGAGGAGCAGGAAGCUGCAGAGGGAGAGGGGUUGCGGCACCAGGUGCAGCAAGAAAACGCCUCGAGAUUCGAAGUCAAGAAGUUGCAGCAAGAAAAGGCCAUUAUGAGGGACUUUCACCAACGCAAGGCCUGUGAAGACGAAGUUGCGGAUUUUCUGCGGUUGCUGCGGCAAGGAUAG